AUGCUUCCAUACAAGGGGCCCGUUAAAUUACACUCCUCAGUAUCGAGCUCGAUUAGGGAUCGCACCAAGGACAUCAUGAGCGUGGUUGGGGCGUUGCUGUUUGGGGUUGGUUGCGGAGUCCUCACGGCCGCUGCAAUGUAUUUCGUGUGGUCUCCGUUCUCUCCCCAUCGCUUUGACUUUGAUGAUGAUUCCUCCUUUUCUUCUGAUGAUGACGAUGACAUCACCUCCUCCAAGAAGAUGGGGUACCUGGCUAUUCCUACGAAGCCCAAGGUGGUUGAUGAUGACCUCAAGAAACCUGCAUCCCCUGUCAAGGAAGCAGUCUAA